AUGAAGCAAACUCCCGGGGUGGUCGAUCUUCAAAUGAACCGUUCGUCGCGGCCAGAAGCUCUGAUCCUCCCCUCGAAUCUUCUAAAGUUCUUAACUGAGGUGAACAAUUCUCCGUCCCAACAGGUUGUUCAUGGUGGUUCUCCGCGUUGGUCUUGCCCACCGUCGGGUAGACUGAAGCUAAAUGUCGACGGAGCAUGGGAGAAGGAGAAUUACGUAGGAGGUGUAGGAGUUAUCAUCAGGAAUGAUGAAGGAUCUUUUAUGGGUGCGGCUACCUACAUGUUCAUGGACGUGUUCUCACGCAUCCAGGUGGAAGCAUUGGCCAUGAGAGUGAGUCUUGAAAUGGUGGUUGAAAGGGACUUGAACAAGAUUAUUAUCGAGAGUGAUGCGUUUCAGAUCAUAUCGGCAAUGAAGGAGCCUUCGGUGAAUUCGUCUCUCAUUGGACCUAUCAUCGAGGACAUCAAAGUCUUACUGUCUAUGGUCACUGAAGCUUCGGUUGCCCAUGUCUGCCGUCAAGCUAACUCAGUAGCCCAUAAAUUGGCUCGUUUUGCCCUCCAUGGAGGAGGAAAUUGUGGGUGCCUAAACCCUUCAAUCUCAGCAAAUGGGUAUGUUCCAGAUUCUGAAAAUUUGAACAAUAUAUGA